GUUACCGAGAAUUUCCGAUGUGACCGCUGAUCCUCCGGUUCAAAUAAAAGCCAUAUAGUUUGCCAACGUCCUACUAACAAUUUUGAUGAAGUGGAUCUGAAAUGGACAUCAAUGAUGUAGUAGUCCAGAAGCUUCACACAUAGUAUAGAACUGUGUUCUUCUCUAUCAGAGUAAUAGCUGGUGAUCAAGAGGUGAAUGAAGACACUGGAGCCAGAGCCAAGAUGGCAGCCAUGGCAAGAAACAUCUCCAAGGACUGGUCCUACCUCUAUGAGAGGCUCUUCUCCAAGCUGUCCGAUGAGGGCUUCCACGACAUGUGGAGCAUUGGUGGCUUCCUCGUCGUAUUCAUCUUCUGCACCAUCGUCAUCACCCUGACUCUAGCUGUCAUAUUCAGCUGGUGCUGUGGCUGGUGCUUCGAACAGCCGAUCCUGGGGUCCAGCAAGAUCAGCGUGCUGCUCUCGCCACCAGAACUGUCCAGACAGAAGUCUAUGCAGACACAGGCACCCAGUUUAUCAGAACAGAGCCUGUCCAGACAGAAGUCUAUGCAGACACAGGCACCCAGUUUAUCAGAACAGAGCCUGUCCAGACAGAGGUCUAUGCAGAAACAGACACCCAGUUUAUCGAAACAGAGCCUGUCCAGACAGAGGUCUAUGCAGAAACAGACACCCAGUUUAUCGAAACAGAGGCUGUCCAGACAGAAGUCUAUGCAGAAACAGACACCCAGUUUAUUGAAACAGAACCUGUCCAGACAGAUAUACACCUCGAGGUCUGUGAUGGAUCCAAAGCAUCCCAUAGAGUCCGUUUGGAGUCCUGAGUCUGUGCCCGAUGUGCAAAAGACUGAGAAAAGCAGCAAGAACAAGAAGUUUAAAGCUGGAUCUGUGAAAGUAAAGCGUAAAAUCCAACCUCCAUCCAGGAUUGUGAGGAACAGAGAUGUACCAGUAUAGCUUCGGGCUACCAGACCAAUCUGCUUUUGUACCUAUGUGUCUGACGGACCUCUGUGACAGCCUCAUUAGAUGUUUCAAGUAAAGCCUUUCAAUUUCAAGUUGUAUUAGUCAUCUGUGCAGGAUACACAUGGUAUACACUGUCCAAUGAAACGCUUACUUGUAUUUUUGCUUUCCUUACCAAAACGAUCAGUGUUUUGGAAACGCGUAAGGUUAGGCUUAUAUGUAGUUCUUGUCGACA